GGCAAGCCCAGCCACUACACUACCAGGCUGGUCCCAGGUGACAGCAUUUUUAAUAUGAGGUCCCUGGCUUCUAUAUACAGUAUUAAUGUAAAUAUUCAUUGCCUCCACCUGUUGUUGAUGUCUUUUUGGAUUCUGGUUCUGGAUGGAAUUGGGGGAAUAAGAGACUUAGUUACGGUUUAAAAGUAGUGAAGUUGUCUAUCUUCUUGCUUUAAGACAGUGUCGUUUCUGAACCAUUUAUACCUACAGUAUUUGUUCUGUAUCCGAGUACAUUUGUUUAUGGGUGAUUAAAAAUAAGAUGUGGUCUGCUCUGGGCUUGCCAACGCCAAACAUGAGGAUUAUUGAAAAUGUAGAUAUUAAUGCCGUUAAAAUGAUUGUUUUGUAAGGUGAACCUCCGUGUAGAGGCUGCUUUUGUGUCAAACUUUCUUCUGUAUGUUUCCAACCUAACGCCAGAAAAUGAUUGGACAGGAUGUAGAGUAGCGGACGCAGAAAUAAGGGUUUCAGAAGCUAACGUUUGAAUAAAGUCUUCUGGCCUUCAAUUAAAUCCCGCCCAACCUCCUUGCCAGGCAGGUCUCGGCCAGGCAGACUGAGUGGGCGGAAGUGGCUGAAGUGGAUGUACGGCUGCUCUCCUCAUCUGUGGUCACAGUUGUCUCAGCCCUGUCAGUGGAGGAGGAGGAGAAAUGUGGGUGACAGCCUGGGAAACAGAGAGCCAGGAGGCUGGCCAGUGGAGGCUUUAGAGUCAGACCCCAUUGGCAUUCUGACUUCGAUGUUUAUUAGCUUUAUGAUCUUGGGCACAUGCCUUACAUGGCCCUGAGUCUCGGUCUCCUCCGUCGGAGGUGGACACCAACACCUCGCACACCUUGUAGCGUUGUCGUAAGGUUGAGUGCCGCAUGCCUUCAGCACUGGUCUGCCCUUGGGAACUGCUCGGUGAAGGCUGCCUGUGGGCUGUUGUGAAGGGGACUUGAUGCCAGGCACUGCCUCAGUAGAGGGCUGGCUUGCAGAGGGGCUGGCCAGAAUAGCCUCACCGUGGUUUUAUUGUUUGCAUGAAGCAACACUGAUUUUUUUUUUACUUAGAAUUAGAUUUGAAAACUAAUUUUGUUCAUGCAUGAUUAAGAAUUAGUUGCAUAUUUAUGCUUUUAAGUGUAUAGCAGCACAAUACAAACUAUGUAGGGUAGCUCUCCAAUACUAGAAACAUUGGAAAGUAUCAUGAAAUCAGAAUUUGCCUUCUGUCGGUAAUGCUCCAAAUUUUAAUUCUUAGGUUUCAAAGAAGGUGUAUUUGUGGUCUCUCCUGAUGAGUAUUCUCAUUGUUUGCAGUGAACCUGGGCUCCAAGGGCAGGUUGCUAUUAGCUCUUAAUACCUUGGAACUGCUUCCUGGGCUAGUGCCCAGGCCAUUGUUGAGGUGGGAAGCUGUAAUCCACCCACCAACAGCUUUAUUGAGGCAAAAAAGGCUGUUUAAUGCUUACUUUCACCUUAAGUCCGUUUUUUAGGAUUAAUGGUAAAGAGUAUAAUUUCUCUUUAAAAAUUUUUCCCACACUUUGUAAUCUCUGUUCUGUUUCUCCACUUGCUUCCAAAAAGAAUUUGAGAUUGCUCAUCUUAUCGGGUCAUACACAGUGAGACAGUUAAAGAUUUUAAAAGAGGAAGCCACAUAUCCGGAAGCAGCAACCUGCAGCUACGUGCGUGGGCUGCCUGGCUGUGAGCUCUGCGAGACAGGACAGAGAUAAUGGACUGAAGAGUGCUUGCAGCAUCCUGCCCGAGGGGGUUCCUGCAGCUCCUGGAGAGGCCUGGAGUCAUCACUGUUAGCCUUGGAAGACCUCUGAGUUUUCCCAAGACCUGAUCAGGUUCAAGUCACGGCUGCUCUGCCUGGCAGCAUAGAACGUCCUCCGUGCACUGUUUUGCGAGGAUGAAUUAUAUUGCUGCUCCGUCAGACUCUGCUUCCUAACGUGGUCCAAGACGAUUCCUGGGAAAGUCGAAUUCUUCUCUAGUGAGGGUUCAGACACCUCGAUACCAAUUCCAAUAGUGCCGCUGCGGGGUGUGGAUGACUCCUACCCACCCCAGAAGAAGUCUUUCAUGAUGCUCAAGUACAUGCAUGACCACUACUUGGACAAGUACGAAUGGUUCAUGAGAGCAGACGAUGAUGUAUAUAUCAAAGGAGACCGCCUGGAGAACUUCCUGCGGAGUUUGAAUAGCAGUGAGCCCCUCUUUCUUGGGCAGACGGGGCUGGGCACCACGGAAGAAAUGGGGAAACUGGCCCUGGAACCCGGGGAGAACUUCUGCAUGGGGGGUCCUGGUGUGAUCAUGAGCCGUGAGGUCCUCCGCAGGAUGGUGCCGCACAUUGGGAAGUGUCUCCGGGAGAUGUACACCACCCACGAGGACGUGGAGGUGGGCCGAUGCGUCCGCAGGUUCGCGGGGGUGCAGUGCGUCUGGUCUUACGAGAUGCAGCAACUUUUUUAUGAGAAUUACGAGCAGAACAAAAAGGGGUACAUUAGAGAUCUCCAUAACAGUAAAAUUCACCGAGCCAUCACGCUGCACCCCAACAAAAACCCGCCCUACCAGUACCGGCUCCACAGCUACAUGCUCAGUCGCAAAAUAGCCGAACUCCGCCACCGCACCAUUCAGCUCCACCGCGAGAUCGUCCUGAUGAGCAAAUACAGCAACACCGAGGUUCAUAAGGAAGACCUCCAGCUGGGGAUCCCUCCUUCCUUCAUGAGGUUUCAGCCCCGCCAGCGAGAGGAGAUUCUGGAGUGGGAGUUUCUGACUGGGAAAUAUUUGUAUUCGGCUGCAGAUGGCCAGCCCCCUCGAAGAGGGAUGGACUCCGCCCAGAGAGAGGCCUUGGAUGACAUUGUCAUGCAGGUCAUGGAGAUGAUCAAUGCCAACGCCAAGACCAGAGGGCGCAUUAUUGAUUUCAAGGAGAUACAGUAUGGCUAUCGCCGCGUGAAUCCCAUGUAUGGGGCCGAAUAUAUCCUGGACCUGCUGCUUCUGUACAAAAGGCACAAAGGGAAGAAAAUGACGGUUCCUGUGCGGAGGCACGCGUAUUUACAGCAGGCCUUCAGCAAGAUCCAGUUUGUGGAGCACGAGGAACUGGAUGCCAAGGAAUUGGCCAAGAAAAUCAAUCAGGAGUCUGGAUCCUUGUCCUUUCUCUCGAAUUCCCUGAAGAAGCUUGUUCCCUUUCAGCUCCCCGGGUCGAAGAGCGAGCACAAAGAACCCAAAGAGAAAAAGAUAAAUAUAUUGAUUCCUUUGUCUGGACGUUUUGACAUGUUUGUGAGAUUUAUGGGUAACUUCGAGAAGACGUGUCUCAUUCCAAAUCAGAACGUCAAGCUUGUUGUUCUGCUUUUCAAUUCUGACUCCAACCCUGACAAGGCCAAACAAGUUGAACUCAUGAGAGAUUAUCGCGUUAAGUACCCUAAAGCUGACAUGCAGAUUUUGUCUGUGUCUGGAGAGUUUUCAAGAGCUUUGGCCCUUGAAGUAGGAUCUUCCCAGUUUAAUAAUGAAUCCUUGCUCUUCUUCUGUGACGUUGACCUCGUGUUCACUACAGAAUUCCUCCAACGAUGUCGAGCAAAUACAGUUCUCGGCCAACAAAUAUAUUUUCCAAUCAUCUUUAGCCAGUACGAUCCAAAGAUUGUUUAUAGUGGGAAAGUUCCCAGUGACAACCAUUUUGCCUUUACUCAAAAAACCGGCUUCUGGAGAAACUAUGGGUUUGGCAUUACUUGUAUUUAUAAGGGAGAUCUUGUCCGAGUAGGCGGCUUUGAUGUUUCCAUCCAAGGCUGGGGGCUUGAGGAUGUGGACCUUUUCAACAAGGUUGUCCAGGCAGGUUUGAAGACGUUCAGGAGCCAAGAAGUAGGAGUAGUCCACGUCCACCAUCCCGUCUUCUGUGAUCCCAAUCUUGAUCCCAAACAGUACAAAAUGUGCUUGGGGUCCAAAGCAUCAACAUAUGGGUCCACACAGCAGUUGGCUGAAAUGUGGCUAGAAAAAAAUGACCCAAGUUACAGUAAAAGCAGCAAUAAUAAUGGCUCAGUGAGGACAGCCUAAUGUCCAGCUCUGCUGGAAAAGACGUUUUUAACUAUCUAAUUUAUUUUUCAAAAAUUUUUUGUAUGAUCAGUUUUUGAAGUCCAUACAAGGAUAUAUUUUACAUGUGAUUUUCUUACAAAGGACUCCUUGAAGAUCGAGCUUUUUGAACAAAAAUGUGAUCAUGUUUGCCUUUGAACACAUUUUCUUGCUGAACGUCAUGUAGCAGACUUGCUUCACUAGGACUUGAAAUGUACCUGAUGAACAAAACUUUUUUUUUCAUUUCCUUUUCAGACCCCUUUGCUGUAGUCCUAUGGCAGAAAACGUGAACGAUCCUGCAAAGUAUUAUUGUAACAAAACACUGUAACUCUGGUAAAUGUUUUGUUGUAACUGUUAACAUUGCACAGAUUCUACCUUUUGUCUUUUUUAUGACUUUUUUUUUUUAAGCCGUUUCGUGUUCCAGUUGUAAAAUAAGGAAAUGUGAUAAUAGCUGUAUCGUCAUCUUCAGGAGAGCUUUCCAAAGUUGAUUCUUUCUCCUAAACUUGGGUUUGUUGUCAUGGAGGUUUUUUGAAGCAGAGGGAACAAGGAAGGCACAGUGAGGCCAUGGCUGCCCUCGUGAUUCCUGUAGCCUGAAUGGACCUGGCAUUAAAUUCCCAGAAGGCUUUGGCAUUUUCUGUCUUCCUGACCCUUCUCUUGAAAGGGUCAAGUAUUAGUACUUAGAACAGCAAAGAAGAAUUAUUGUAAUAAAUCUUAUGUGCGCAAGCUAAAACAAAAAAACCCACCCUCAUGAAAGCACUGGGGGAGAUGUAUUGGUGUGUUCCCUUCACCCUUCUGUGUUACGUUGGUGGAAAUGGUUAUUUCAUUCUUUCAUUGCUGUUUUGUUUUCUCCUUUGUAUCUGAAGUACCUUUAAUUUAUUUAAUAUCCGUUGGUUAGAGCACUGCCGUUUCUGGAGUCCCUCUUAGUUACUGGUAUUUAUGUGUAUUGGGCGUGUGUUUAGUAUGUUUUAUUUGCAGUAAAAAAACUGAUCUCCAAAGAUUUCCUUUUGUAAAGUCUUUUCCCCCCUCGUUAAUUUUUACAUUCCUUACUGUUUUACUAAAUAUUAAGUGUUCUUUGACAAUUUUGGUGCUCACUUGUGUUGGGGACAAAAGUGAAAUGAAUCUGACAUUACAUCAGAAAGUUUUAAAGUUUGUUUUAAACUCACAGAUCAAACGUGCCUUAAUAAAUUUUUUUUUCAUUUAGAUUUCAAACAGUAACAGACUUGCCAUUUUAAUAUACAUCAUUGGAGAUCUGCUUACUUGUAAAUAGCCUGUUGCUCAUUUGGAAAAAUAAACUAGUAAACAAUAUUUUUCUAUUGUACUUUUCAGAUCCAUUUUGUCUCAUUACUCCUGUUUUAGCUGAAGAAUUGUAUUACAUUUGGAAAGUAAAAAACUUAAACACUGA